AUGGCAAUACUCAGCCCUCUCCUGGUCGCAUUCCAGGAACAAACCUUUCUGUCAAUCGCGACAUCUGCCCUCCUGUUGAUCUUGGUCCGCACCAUCUAUCGCAUAUACUUCCAUCCUUUAUCUCGAAUUGCGGGACCGAUACUGCCUAAAAUAACUUCGCUAUGGCUCCACUAUCAUGCCUAUAUCGGUGACGAGGCAAGUACCAUUCACCGGCUCCACGUUCAGUAUGGCCCAUACGUGCGUGUGGCGCCCAACGAGGUCGACAUCAGCGACGCCGAUGCUGUACACCCUAUCUACGUUGCGAAGGGCGGGUUCCUGAAAGCGCCGUGCUACGCCAAUUUUGACAUUGAUGGUCACAAAUCCAUCUUUUCGACGACUAGUUCGGAGUACAGAGCGCCAAGGGCCAAGGCGGUGAUGCCAUUGUUCUCUACGAAAAGUCUGAGGGAGAAUAGAGAUGCGAUCGCUGGGUGUGUGGAUCGUAUGGUGAAGAGACUGGGAGAAGAGGCACUUUCGAAGAAACCGGUGAAUGUAUUGAAUUUGACGAGAGCAUUAGCUGUCGACGCUGUGUCGACGCACUUGUUCCGCGAGAACUAUGAUGGGGUGAGUGAACGCGGGCCGACACUGAGUGUGAGUGCAUUCGUUGAUGCCUUCGUGGCUGUCGGACGGUUUUUCUAUUUGCCAACCACAGUCUUCGUCUGGCUGGAAUGGGCAAUCGCGAAGUGGAUGGCCGACCAGGAGACGGAGGAAAGCAUGACGCUUGUCGACAAGUUCGUCGGUGAUCUGGUCGCCAACACUUCAGCGAAGUCACAAACAUACCCAGGCCGCCUGAUGGCUGCAGGGAUCAGUAACUCGGAGGUUGCGGCGCAGUGCAAAGAUCUACUUUUCGCGGGCACAGACUCCACAGGCAUGAACCUGGCGACAAUCAUCAGGGGCCUUGUCAUGUAUCCCGAGAAGUACAAAAGGCUGAAGCUAGAGGUGGACAACAAUGCCGCACUCGGUGCUCAAGCUGUGGAUAUCGAGGCUCUGCCUUACCUUACUGCAGUCGUCAAAGAGGCUCUACGACUGAGCAUGGCAAACCCUACGCGCCUACCUCAUGUCAUACCAGCCGGAGGUUGGAUGUUUAAGGAAACGUUCUUCCCAGCAAAGUCGAUAGUCGGUUGCUCGGCCUACGAGCUCCACUUUAACGCCAAGGUCUUUCCAGAGCCCCACGAGUUCCAGCCAGAACGUUGGCUACAUGCGACUGAAGAGAUGUCGAAGUACUGGUUCGCUUUUGGCGCAGGCAGCCGAGCAUGCAUAGCACGGAACUUGGCAACGUUGGAGCUUCACAUUGCAACAGAAAGAUUGGCAAGUAGCAGAGUGCUCGAUGGAGGACGUGCAGUAAGAGAAGGUGAUAUCGAGAUCUAUGAAUGGUUCAACUCAAAGGUCAAGGGCGAGAAGAUUGAGAUAGUCUGGACGUGA